AUGGAGAAGUUAGUGAACAUUCCCUGGGUCGCAAGGGAGCAGCACGCGACCCAACGUUGGAGUGCGAUAAACAAGCCCGAAGUUCGAGUGAAACCAGUUUGUUCCAGGAACGGUCGCUGUGCUGGUCACGCAUUGAGAAACGUUUUCAUAUCCAAUGGUCAGUUCCCCUCCAAAACCCAUGUCCAGCUGGCCAGAAUCAUCAGGAGGUCGUAUGAGGGAGUGGAGCUGGUCCAGUGGCUGAUAGACCACUGUGUCUGUAUACAGAGCAGGAGCAUGUCCGUCGCUGUCUGGAAUGUUCUACUGGAGCUGGGAAUCCUGCUGUCUGUGGAACUGCAGGUGAAGUUUGAGGACUCCAGUUCUCUGUACCAGUUCACCUUUGACGAGUGCGAGGCCCAGAGCUGUUACUUCAGGAACGAGAGAGAGUGGCAGACGGGAGUCCAACUGCUCCUUCAACUGGUCCCCUGUGCGCAGCUCCGCAACGGGGCCCAAAGGCUGCCCAAGGAACAAGCUCAAAUUCAGAGAGGUGCUGGGACGUGUAGUCCGGUUCUCCAGAUGAGAGCUUUGGAGCGACUUAAUUCCACGGUGCAGAGUGAACUGGUGGCAGCUCUGGCCCGGAAAGCCCAAAGACAAUCCCCGCAGUCUGCAGUGGCCCACACCGCGUCCCCGCCCCAGGUGAAGCAGGGAGGCCUGGCUGACGGAGCGGACAGAGAGGAGCUUAGUGGACUGGGCACAGUUCAGAAACUGGCCAAGGAUGGAUGUGGACUGUCACAAACAACACCCAAAACACCAGACAGACCUGCAGAGUGGCUUAGUUUGACUGGCUGUCAGUACCUGAGAGCGUCAUCCACCUUCUACAAAGCCAUUAACCCUGACCCUGACCCUGACCCUGACCCUGAGCUGAACCUUAAACCAAAAGGUCUGAAUAACGCCUUCCUUCACUCCAUCUCAUUAGCUGGAAACGGGAACUUCACAGAAAAGCUCAGAGAAGACGAGGAGAUGGUGCUGAUCAGGGAUCAGUGGCUCUUAGAAGACGUGUGUGUGAGAGAGAGGGGUCGUGAUGCUGUGCUGUUUCAGAGAGAUACGUCAGAGAGAGCGCUCCCCACACCCCCUCACACCUCCUCUGGGGGAGGGAGCAGUGAAGACAGGGACAAGAGGUACGCCACGGCGUCCAGGACGCCUGAGAAUGUUCUGGAACAACUGCUUUGUCACGUGAGAAUGGAGGAGAACCCAGGAAACACGCAAACCAAAAACUCAGAUUCUGUGCUGGAUGACUUUCUGUUGACUUACCUCAUCUUCAUGUCAACUAAUGAACUAUGCCAAGCCCUGCUCACACACUACUGCUCAAAGACAUGCCGGACAAAAGAGGGAGAGAAAGAACUCCUGCUGAGGAAACGUAAAAUCCUACACCUCGUGUCUCAGUGGACCUCCCUCUGCAGAGAGGCCCUGCAGAAAGACCAACACACCAAACUCUUCAUCAAGACCCUGUAUAGAUGUGUCCUGGAUGAUCUCUGUGAAUUCCCUACCCUGGAGAAAGAGUUAAAGGAACUCCAGAAACUUCUACAGCUCCAGCGAAGACAUACAGUGGAUGAAUACUCCCCUAACAGAAAGAACAAAACCCUUUUCCACCAGCUGAGUCUGAAAGAACCCUGGCAGCAUCCGACAGGGACAAACAGGGAGGGCAGAGAAGUGCUGUGUCGUGUGUAUGUGAGCAUGGAUUCGUAUGUGAGUAUAAGGAUCCAGAGCUCGGUGUGUGUUGGGGAGUUGUUGAGCGUGGUGUCUGAGAGGUUUGACUGGCCUGAGGAAGACCUGGUCCUGAUGGUUCUCACCUACAGUGGAGAGAAGCUCUUGCUGCAGUCUCAGCAGUGUGUGAGUUCUGAUUGGCUGGCUGCUGCAGGCAGACUGCACGCGUGCAGAAGAGAUCUGACAGGCAUUGUGAAUCUGUUGACUGAUAACAGACAGUCCUGGCAGCAGUCGGUGUCGGUCUUGGCCAUGAACAGCUGGGAUGUGGCCGUGGCUCUCACCAACUUUGACUGGACUCUCUUCAGCUCUCUCCACCAGCAAGAGCUGGUGUAUUUCACAUUUGGUCGCAAUGCCUGUUUGGGCCACACGGGGGCGCUGGAGCUGAUGUUGCAGCGCUGGAAUGAAACCCAGCUCUGGGUGAUGACUGAGGUUUUACUCUGUCCCACACUCUGCAAACGCGUUCAACUCUUCAAGAAAUUCAUCAAAAUCGCAGCACACUGUAAAGCUCAGAGGAAUCUAAGUGCUGUCUUUUCCAUCAUUAUGGGUCUGAAUACUGCAGCCGUCAGUCGACUGAAUCAGACAUGGGAGAAAGUUCCUGGAAGGUUCAGGAAGCUUUUUUCGGAGUUGGAGACGCUUACUGACCCCUCCCUAAACCAUAAAGCCUACAGAGACGCCGUGAAGAAGAUGAAACCUCCCAAAAUCCCCUUCCUCCCCCUGCUUCUGAAAGAUAUCACCUUCAUUCACCAGGGCAACAAGACCUUUCUGGACAACACGGUCAACUUUGAGAAACUGCGUAUGAUUGCAGACACAGUGCGUGUGGUCAGACACUGUCAAACAGGUCACGCAGGGAGCAUGUUGAGUCAGAAGGAGAGCCCAGAGGUGAGAGCCUACGUCAGGUACCUUCACGUCAUCGACAGUCAGCAGACCCUGUUUGAGCUGUCCCACCGCCUGGAGCCCAGGGUGUAGGAGACUGGAGCAGGCCAGACCCAGAUGGGUGUCUCUGCCUGCAGUGAGCUACAACAGUCUACAGGGAGCGACACUGAGUCAGUCCUACAGGCCACAGAGU